AUGAACAUUCUCGGCAAUUUGCUUUAGGCAAGUUAAGAAAAGAAACACGAGUCACCAUCUAGAAAGAUUCUAUCGAUGCAGUUUUCAACAUAAUCAAUGUCAAAGUUCUUCAAUGACGAUAAUGUGCAGAACUUCAAGAGGAAAGUGAUAAGAAAGAUUUAAAACAAGUUUUCGACUGAGAAGGUGAUGAUGAUGCUGGACAAGGAGAAGUUGGAAGCUCUUGAAGAGGAAUUUGCAGAGCAUCCAGAAGGUUUAGAAUUACAGAAUUUCGUGUGGCUGAUGAAGUCAGCAAUGUAGCAUACCCCCGAGGAAGAGUAUGAUUUAGUUCAUGGACUUUGUAAAUUAUUUAACGAGAUCGACAUCAAUGGAGAUCAGCAUAUGGAAUGGAAGGAAUUUACACAGUACAUAAUUGAUGCAGUCAUGCAAAAUUAGGUAGCUCUCGAGAACCAGAAGGACAAUGAAAAGGAAACUAAACAUAUUGAGCAACAGCUGACUGGGGAUGAUAGAGAACUCACUGAGAUACAAAAAUUGCAAUAAAAGAUCGAUUUGCUUGAAUAAGCUGAGAGUUUCAAACUACCCAGAUUUUAUAUUUCAAAGUAAUUGGACAAAGCUGUGCAUCUAGGACAUAUUCAAAAAGCCAUAUUCUGCCAAAGAUUCGAUAUGAUACUAACAAUGGAGAAUAUGUAAAAAGAAUUAAAGUUAUACUCUCCUGAUUGCAAGUUAAAACUGAAAUUAGAACCUCAAUUCAAAAGAGAAGCAUUUAUCCUUUCAUGCGCUUAUGAUGAUGAAAAAGGAGUCUUUGGCUGUGUAGCCAGUGACUCCUGCAUGUAUUUCUGGGAGAGUCAGCUAUCCUAGUUAAACAUAAAAUUUCUUAAGUCUCUCAAUGCUCCAUGCAUUCAAACUGGUAUUUGGUUUCUGCCGAAGCACAAGACUUGGAUUACUGCAGGCAAAGAUAAUGUUAUCAGAGAAUGGGAUAUUUGGAAGGGCUCAACAGCUGACUGCUUGCUAGUAUCAUUUGAAGAUCACAAGAAGGAUAUCAUGGAUGUUUGUGAAAUUCAUUCGCCACUUGCCAUAGCGACUGCAAGCUUUGACAAAACUAUCAGAAUAUUCAAUCUUCAAGAGAAGAUUGCGAUUGGAGUGUUGAAAGAGCAUAAAAAAGGUGUUAGAUCAUUGAACUAUACUCCUUUUCACGGAGGCAAUAUUCUUUCAGUUGGUCAUGAAAACUACAUUAAUGUUUGGAGUCCAGAAGGUUCAAUUAACAGAAGUCAUAUCGGAAAACUUGAAGGACAUAAUGCUCCAGUUGUGUGUGCUAAGUUUAUAAAUCAAACGCCAUUUUGUGUUUCAGUCGAUGAAAAAAUGAAUGUGAGGAUAUGGGAUAUCAGAACACUGUAAUGUCAAUAAAUUAUUUCUUAUGAGAGCAAGUCAAAAUUGCCAGUCCAGGGUUUACUUAUUCUUCCUCAGACCAGAAAAUUCGCAGUUCUAUCUAAAAGGUUCAUUUUUUAUGAUACAAUUAGCAAUGAUGAUAAUAAUAUGUAAGGAGGAAAUAACCCUGGAGCCUAGAAAUAGUAAUCACAGUCCUAGAAUAGUAAUAUUAAAGGAGGCUAGAAUAUAGAAAGUGCCACUGCACAAAUAGCUUAGAUUAUUAAGUAGUCAUAAUCCAAUCCUUAGCAUGAAAAUAUGUAUGCUAUUGAUACUAGAUUCAACGAAUAUUACAGAAGCUUUGUAGUAGUUACUAAAAAUGAAAUCAGGACAUAUGAUGGAUUAACUGGUAAGCUUAUAAAGGUCUUUUCAGAAGUAAUCGAUAAAAGAACUAAUGCUGAGCUGUCUGCAUUUUGUCUAGACAAUAGACACAGAAAAUGCUAUUUAGGUGAUAUUGCUGGUUCUAUUAGAGUAUUUAACAUUAGCAAUGGAGUAUUUAUCAAGCAUGUAAAUCAUGAAGACGACAAUCAACUAAGAAUAAAGAGAAACCAAUUGCUAAAGAAAGAUAAGGCAAAAGAGAUAUCUAAUUUGGAUUUUGUAAACUUUAAUGACUACUUGAUGCUACUUUCGACAUCAUGGGACUCCAAACUUAAAGUCUAUGACGAAGAAGACCCAGAAGAAACCCUGAUGCUCAGAAAGUCAACAGGAGGUCAUUUCAAAGAUGAUAUCUCUGCUCUUGCAUUCAAUGAACAUUUAAGUUUAAUAGCAACAGGCAGUAGAUCCGGUAUUGUUUGUAUAUGGGAUUUCGAGACUAAUAAAUUAGAGGGAAUUCUACUUGCAUAGAAAAGGGCAGUAUCCUCAAUUAAUUUUGUUAAAGAAUAUCCCAUUUUAGUAAGCACUGGAAUAUGUGGAGUAGUUUCAAUUUGGGGUGUUAGACCUUGUCCUUAUGAACUCAGACAUGUUUGUAUUGGCAGAUUUUUAAAUCUUGCUUGGGAUGGGGAGAACUUUACAAACAUUGGAAUAACAUGCUCUUACGUUAAAGUCAUUGAAAAUUCUUCUCACAGUAAAGAGUAAUUAAUUUCAAAGUAGAAAACACUAAAUCCGAAGAAAGAAGAGGAUAAAGAUUCAUUAGAGAAAUAAUACGAUGAAGAAUUCAUUAAAGAGGCUUAUGAUGCUACAUUUGAGGUGUAAAACAAUGAAUAAAUUGAAGUAUUUGUGACUGAAUUUAAUAAAAUCAAAGAAGAUAAUGAUAAUGAGGAAGGAACAUUCCACAACAAAAACUUUACCUAUUAGAAUAGAUCGUUCUAACCUCCAAAAAAUGAUCAUCAUAGACCUAAAUGCUUUUUGAUUCUCGGUGAUGAAAAAGGAUUCAUUAAGCAAUGGGAUCUCUCAGUAUUUUUACAUCAUAGUAUUAACAAUCCAGUCUAAGUUCCUCCUUGUGUCACUAAAGCUCCUUCAAUGAACGACAAAUUAUCUUACAAUGCUAAAAGAAAACAAAAGAUAGAUGCCAGUAAUAUAGCAACUUCUCAUUUGCAAUAGGCUAAAGAGCAAAAGUUGCCAUCGAUACUUGACGCUAAAUAAUGUGUUUAAAUAAAGGAAUACAAGGCUCAUAAAUCAUAACUGAACUCAAUAAGGGAAAUAUACUGUGCUCCUUAUGGCUUUAUGAGUACUAGUAUGGAUAAACACGUCAAGAUAUGGUCACUACAUGGAAAACUAUGGGGUGACAUCUAUUUAAUAAAAGAGAACUAUGAUAAAAACUGGUGCUUUCCAUUUAACUGGAAGUCAAUUAGAAAUAAUGAGGUUGAAUAAGCUAGAAAAGUCCUUAACUAGAUUAGGGAGACUUAGGUAAAGAACAAUUUUUAACUUAAUGAGCCAACAUAAAAUGAUGUAGAAGAGGUAGUAGAGUUUGAUGAUGAUUUAGAACAAGUAUUAAAAGAGUAACAAAGAAAAAACAAAAUAUAGUAAAUGCUUCUAACUCAAUAGCAAAAUGAAAAUGAGGCGAAUUAAAGAGAGGGAUAUUUCAGUAGGAAGUCAAAUAGUCACAAUCAGCAGUAGUAAAACUAACAAAAUAAAAACAAGACUCAGGGUAAUUCUGCUGUAAGUGUUGAAGCUGUGCCGCAGUAUUAUGUUACUGCCACACAUCCAUUACUAGCAAAGGAUUUUGGCUAAACGGAAGACUACAAGAGAAAAAUCAAAAGAAUGUGUGAAGGUCCUGCAAAGUUUUAUACUGGCUUUGUAUUUGACUUAGAAUAAGACUUGCUUACUCUACAAACGAGAUAAAAGCAUUUAAAUGAACAAAAGAAGAGAUAGUCUAAGCAUCUAUCGAUAAAACCUACUCAAAAAUAAAGUAUGACUUCAAGAGGGGGCUCAAAUAAGAUACCAUUGUUGAAUCUUUAAGAUGGAAGCUAAUAAGGUACUACUUUUGACAAAAAUUCUGAGAAAGAAAGCUAAAUGAGUUUCAAGAUGAAAUAAAUCAGAGAAGAGGAGUAGCAUGAAGCAGUAGCAACCAGCAAAUACCAAGUAGUCACUGAUAACCUAAAAUCAAAGUAUCUUGAACCCCUGGAUAAGUAUAAGAAUUAUAAAGAGUCACAAGAUUCUCAGAUAACUAUCAAUGACUAAAACCCUAAUGGAUGGCUAACUGAGAGAGUUGACAGAAAGAAAAGUAUAAUAUUCAAUCCAAAUACAAUUGAACACGAUAAGAUUACUAAUGCUACAACUGGUGGGCCAAUAACAUAAUAAAACUCCAUUAGAAAUCUAAAAUCAUCUAUUAAUGAGAAGCACACUUCGACUUCUCAGUUGCCUAUCUAUGCUGCCAAAGCUUCAAAGUAAAUCUAAAGAAUUUAGUUACAGUAAAACUAACUUGCUUAAUUAACUAGUCUAAACAGCCCAAACAAUGAUAAAUUCAACGACAUGAUCUAAACUCAGAGAUAUUCAACGACUAACAGAGACUCUAGCAACAAUCUGCUAAAAUAACUUACCUCAAACAAAUCCAAUUCAUCUUAGAGAAGAUUAAUAAUUGGAUUUGAGGCAAAUAAGAACAUAAAUGGAAAUUUCUUAAGAAAGCUUGAUCGUAUGAUAUCAGUCAGUUCUAGACCCAAAUCCAGAGUAUCAUAGCAUGUCGAAGAUGUCAAAUAUGCUCCUGGAGAGGGUAUUAAACAAAUGGCUAAAGCAGUCACAGCUCUCAAUGACAUGAAAUAUUCAGAGGUGAAGCCAACAAGUGCUACCUUAGCUAUAGAGAAUGGUGUGCUUCAACAAAGCAGAAGUGAACUAAGAUCAAGAGUUGAGUCAAAGAGAAUAAUAAACAAUCGUAUUAUUCUUAAAGAGAGAGAAAGAAGGAAAAAAGAAGUAGAGGAUUUGACUCAAGGAUAUGCCCUCUUCAAAGUCUCACCUAUGGACGCAUAUAAUAAUAGAAGAAAUAGAGAUAAUAACACCCAAAAAUAAUUACUUAAUUCCAAUCAAGACGACCCUUAAAAUUAACUGUCAAGCUCUCUAAACAACAUGAAUGACAGCAAAGGAUUCGGGAGCUCAUGGGACUAAUAGCUAGGACAGCAUGGAGAGGCAUCUUAUAUCAGAAAAAUCAAAAAAAGAGAUCUCCAUUCCUUCUUGAAGUGCCCACUAUGCACUGGGUUCUUUCGGGAUGCACAUACAAUUAACGAGUGCCUGGACACAUUUUGCAAAAGCUGCAUUUACAAAUAUUUCUACGAAGAUCAGAAUAAAGAGAAAUGCCCUAAAUGUAGCACAUAACUUGGCGGGAGGCCCCUCGAAACCAUAAUCUCAGAUCAAACAAUCUAAAAAAUUGUUGAUCUGCUUUACCCAUAAUUCAAAAAGAAAGAUGAGCAGGCUAUCAAGAUGAUGUACCAGGCAUUUGCAGACACCAAUCCACUCCCUAAAGAUAGAAACCUUAUUGACUAUGGAUUCGAGGAUUAUGAUACAAUAAAUGAAGCUGGUAAAAAAGAAAAUAAUGAUAAAAUGCAGUGA